CAAAAGCUUUGAUUUUUUUUGCAAUGAACCUCAUUCAUUUUUUUCUCAAAUGUAAAAUGGAGUGAUAAUAUGCAUAGGCGUUAAUAAGUGAGUUGAAAGGACUUUGAAAUAGUGCAUGUUGUGCAUGGUGUGAAAUUGUAGAUAUACAUAAAAGAAUGGUAACUACUCUGCAGGUUUUAUUUUAAACCUUCUCUAUGACUUUGUGGUGAACUCUCUUCAUCUGUCUCUCAGCUUUUAAGUCUGAUUGUUUUUUGCACUUGAGGUCUCCUAUCUUGUUGUGGGAAUGCAUUGGUAGGCACUCACAUUUGGCUGGUUCUCAUAAUCUUUUAUUCACUCAUUUUGCAAAGACUUGCCACGGUCUAAAAUAAGUGAAACUUGCUAUUGUGGCUUUCAAUUUUAGAUCGCUUUUCCUGCUGCUUUUAUUCAUUUCUCUAUUUGAUAAUUUAUUUAUUUAUGUUGCAACUGAAGAGGGAGGGGGGGAGUAGGGAAUUGUCCCUGACUCUUCUAUAUGCCCAAAGGUACAAGGCAGAAAAAAAAAAAAAAGAUUGUGUAAAGAAAUUAAAACACUGAAACAGCCUAGAUCUGAAUUCCAAGAACAAAAAUUACAGUGGCAUGUGUGCUUGCCCGCACCAGGCAUUCUGCAGCAUGUGGUAUUUACAGAACUUGCAGUGUACAGUAGCUCUCCAGUAGUAAGAGAACGCUUUGUAUCCUUGGAAGUAAGAGAGUCUUUGACAAGUCAGCAAAACUAUAGAUACAGUCAAGGAAUGCUGAUACACGUGUGAGUGUGUGCAUAUAUAAAUAUCACGAGAUUGCCUGAGUUUAUUUUUCCUCAGUAUAGUUUGUCUUCCUCAGCCUGGAAUAUAUACAUACUUUCUCCUGAAUUUUGUGGCAUGUUUUGCUGCUCUUCUCUGUUUGCAUGCGUUUUAAUGUUAGUCUUAAUCUCGCUGUAAAAUACAAAAUAAUCUGGUAAUAGAUUUAGAAGACUUUAUUGCCAGGCAAACCAGGCAAUAGAUCAUGAAAUCAGACAAUAGUAUUUUGUUUCCUAGCAACCCCCUACUGCAAACAGAAAACAAAACCGUGGUGGAUGCUUCCACAUCAUGAUAGCUAUAUGUCGAAAUCCCCGAGUAGUAGAUACUGAAGUACUAAUUGUGCUGGGAGAUUCACUCCUAUUUGUUUCAGUUGCUUAGUUAAUAUUUUCCUUUUGUGAGAAAGAUUUGCUGGGGUAAAUGCAGUUAAAUGGUUAAAAUUUCACUCUGGUCUCUUAAUAAUAAUGUCUGUUAGAAUGAAGGGGGCACAAAAUUAGGUAGAAUUUUUGCCAUUAAGAAUGAUUUGGAGUUGUCUGUUCAUAUUGCAGGACUGUUUCUAAAUCUGUGCUAUUAUGGACCCUUGAAAAUCAGAUAUAUCAUCUCCUGUUUUCAGCAUCCAGUAUCUUUCUAGAUUUUGUGUUGUUAGUCAUCCUUUAGCUUUAUGCUUUAAAACUAUGUUUAUUAGAAUGUAUUGAAAGAAGAAUCCUUUGUGGCUCCUAGGAAUGGAAAGUAAAAUCCUAAGUGCCUCCUUGCCAGGUUUAUGUUCUUGGCACUCAGUUCAGCCCUUCCAAGGAAUCAGUGCUAUCAGUGUGCAGCAGGAUUGGGUCCUAAGCCUUCAUCUUUCUAAAAGUGCUUUUGAUAAUGCAGUAGUUCCCUUAGUUAAAGUGCCUGAGCACUGAAAUGGCAUCUCGACCCUGAAUCAAUCUGGGAUGCACUUUGUGCACUGCCAUCUAUCUGAAAAAACCCAUUAGUGCAAGCUGGAGAUCUGACCUGGGAUGGGUGCAGGUGUUUGUGCUCUGGAAGCUGCUGGAGAUGCUGAGCUGCCGUAGGAAAAGGAUCUGAGCAGGCACAGAUGUGUAGUUGUAUGUACAAGGCAGCAGAGAAAUUUCUAUGCUUUUGUCUCUCUUUCAUAGGAGAAAAUGGCAAAAGGGUGUUUGCCGAGUUUUACCUACAAGUCUUCACUAUCCAGCAGUAUUUACAGACAUCACACAGUAAAUUGAAACAGAGGUAGUUUUCCUAUUGGUUGCAUCAGUGAUUCUGUGAAAGUGAAAAUAUUAUUCCAGUCUGGGAAACUGUAAAAUCACAAGAAAAAUUUGCUGUGGGGAAGACAGCAAUCUUAGUCAAGUAUGCAUUAUUAAACAGCAGUAUUCGCGCUAGGCAUGCGAAGGGUGUUCUCUGGGUGACUUAGGGGUUCACAGCAUUAUUUAAGAGAUCCCAUGUGCAGUCACAGACAAUUUAUUUCUAUUGCUCAUAGGUAUUUUCCUGGUUCAUCUCAAGCACUGAGGUACAAAAGGGUUACAGUAGAUGCCACUUGAAUAAAAAGGGUUGAAGUGGAAUGGUCGGAGAGUAUUAUAAUUCUGAUAAAUAUCUAUGAGCAGCUACUUUCUUCUCUAUAUUUGAAAUCACACAUUUUGGUGCCAUAGCAUGUGUGGAUGGUUUAGUUUAGAACAUGCUAAUUGAAUUUUGGAAGGCUUUAUGGAUUUGGAGGAAGUAGUCAUUUUCCAAUUUUUCUUCUCCGUUUCUUUCUCAGAUGGCACUACUCCCAAAACUUGAAUCUUACAAUUAGUUAGUCCACAGAUGAAGAUUGAUAUGGCUGCCUAAUUACAGUCCCUACUUCACCUCUGCCUGUGUUUGCCAGGCAGCAGAAUGAGAGAAGGCAAAGAAAACAAAAAGUACAAACAUAAAACAACAGUGAGAGACAGGUCAUGAAGUAUUCUGUGUAUAAACAAUGGAAGUCAUUUGGAAGUGAUUUUAAAUACUCUCCACAAAACUCCUUUUACACCAACUGCAUUUGUUGCUGGUGGUGAAUAUAAAGCUUUCAUCUGCUGUAAUGUGGGUUGGCCGCUGAUGGAGACAGCCAACCCGUGGCCCAAACCAAAGACCUUCUUCUCCUCGCUAAAGAUCAUCUUAAGUGGAACAGUGAGUUAUGUCCAUUCCGUUUAAGGGUGUUUAGGAAACAGGAAUUAAGGAAUGGACAGCUUUGUUCUCUCUCUUUACUGCAUAAUGAUGGUUGUGGCCAAUGAGCUACCAGGGAAUGUGCUGCGUAUCUUGCUGAGAUACACGACCCUUUCAAAUUUUUUCACAAGGCUUUCUUUUAUUAUUAUUUUUCAAAGUGAGUACUGAAGUAAUGAGAAUAUAGAGUUACUUUACUGCAUGUUUAAACCUAUAGGCUUCAUGAUUACUGUACUGAGGGAUAAAUACUUAGGUACUUAUUUCCUGUCCUUCUUUUAAGAAAGGAACAAAAGCAUGAUGCCAGUUUUGGACUCCCUUGAGGCUUUUUUUUUAGAAUCCUGUUACCUUUAGUCAUUGACCUGUCAAUUCUUGCCAAAUACAGAAAGCAGACCAUCCAAGUGGUUACAGAAACUGAGGACUUGGUUCAGCAGAACACUGAUUUGCACACCCAACUUCUUUUCUUUUUAAAGUGUGUGCUUCAGCUCAUCUCUACUUGCUGAGAUCAACUGGAUUUAAGAAAGUGGUGGAAGUUAGGCAUGUAAUUAAAUGCUCUGUUGAGUAGGGCAAAAUCUUUGAAACUAAUGUCUUUGCUUUGUAGUAAACAGAACUUCAGGACAAUUCUCCAGGAUUGUAGAAUGAAGGGAACAAGUAGGGGGAAAAGGCAAGUUCUUGGGGCAAGGGGUAUUGAAUCAGGAACUUACCGGUGGGUGAUAGUGAUGCUGGAAGGGAUUAAGAAUUAAUAAAUGAGUCUGGAAUGGGAUUUAUUGUUUUAUGGGGUUUUUUUAUGGUUUCCAGAUUUAUGUAUAUCCGGAAUGGUUUGUGCUAGAGCUGUCAAGAGAAAGGUACCAUUUUGGUGAACAAAGAGGUGGUAUUUCCUUUUUAUAAGACUCUGUUGUGAACACGUGAAAACUGAAUAUCAUCUUAACAGGAAGGUAUUGACAAUUUAAUGGAGGCUCAAAGAAGAGCAACAAAAUACUCAUGGGUCUGGAGGAACUAGCCUGAAGGGAAAUAUUCAAAAAUAGACAUCUCUAGUCUGGGACUGAAUAUGGGGAGAUGGGUUAACUAUGUGUCUGUGUUUGAAAUGUAUUUUAGUCAAAGCAGUCAGAUUUUUUCUUGCCUUAUGUGAGAGAAUACCUACGACUAAAUUGAGAAAUUGAGGAAAUACAUGUUUAAGAUGAAUUCUGGGCCAAAACUCAGUAAUAGGAGAAUGUAUUGUAGUCUAUAUUAGUCUGGGUGUGGUGCAAGCCCCCACAUGACUCUUCAGAUUUUUAAAAUUAGAGUAGGGAAAUUGUUGGCAGGGUAUUGGAGAAGGCAAUCCUGCAUUUUCAGGGAGGUGAAGUACAAGAUCAGCCAUCCCCUUUUCAUGCUUCUGUUCUGUUCUAGUUUCAGCUGAAGGUUACAGGAAGUCAGAUCCCAGGCUAGCCAGCCUUGCCUUGGUUUCCAGUGCUGAGACAGUUGGGUUUUGUGCUUUUAUAAUGCAGGAUUCAGAACAGGGUCACCAUGUGGGCUCAGGUUGAGUCAUUGAUGGGAUGGUGAAUGUACAAGGAUUAGCUACAGUAGAUUUUUUAGUAAACAGCUGUGGGUUUUUAAUUUGUUUGUUUUUCCUUUUGGAAACGAUGAGCAUCUCAAGUGGUGUAGAGGGUACAGAGGUGACAGUUUCCUCUUUCUUUACAGUUUCUGCAGCACCUUUUUUAUCAUUUGAGGACACUUACUGCCAUCAGGUGCAAUGAUGGAUAGCAGAUCUUGGAUUCUGAACUUGAAGCAGUUCUUCAAGAUUAUAUGCUUCUGGAAACUCAGAAAGUAUCUGCAGUAAAUAGGAUUGGCCAUGAGAAUUUGUAACGUUCCUUUGGAAAUACUGUGAUGGGGCCACUGAGAAGUUGCCUUCCUGUGUACAGAGCCUAAUGAGCUGCAUGAGGGCCCUGUACUUGGUGAUAUCCCAUCUCAAGAUGCUGCUAAUACAGUAGCUAAUUAUUCCUAACUGAAGAAGUUGAACAGAAGAAAAAGAAUCCAGGGAAAAGCAAUGGCUGCUGCAGCUGAUGGUUUGGGAAGUAUAGCUAUAGAUACCACGCAGCUUAACAUGUCAGUCACUGAUCCCACAGCUUGGGCUACAGCUAUGAAUAAUUUGGGGAUGGUUCCAGUAGGACUAGCAGGACAACAGCUUGUGACAGAUUCAAUCUGUGUACCAGGCUUUGAUCCAAGCCUUAGCAUGAUGACUGGAAUCACUCCAAUUAACCCAAUGAUACCAGGCAUGGGGUUAGUGCCACCACCACCACCAACAGAUGUGCCUGUAGUCAAAGAAAUAAUUCACUGCAAAAGCUGCACACUCUUCCCUCCAAACCCAAAUCUUCCACCACCUUCAACAAGAGAGAGACCUCCUGGGUGUAAAACAGUGUUUGUUGGAGGAUUACCAGAAAACGCAACGGAGGAAAUUAUUCAGGAAGUCUUUGAGCAGUGUGGAGAUAUAACAGCAAUUCGGAAAAGCAAGAAGAAUUUUUGUCACAUCCGUUUUGCAGAGGAGUUCAUGGUUGAUAAAGCCAUUUACCUUUCUGGUUACCGCAUGAGAUUAGGAUCUAGCACAGACAAAAAGGAUUCAGGUCGCCUUCAUGUUGAUUUUGCUCAGGCAAGAGAUGACUUUUAUGAAUGGGAAUGCAAACAAAGAAUGCUGGCCAGAGAAGAACGCCACAGACGUAAAAUGGAAGAAGACAGACUGCGCCCUCCUUCACCUCCAGCAAUAAUGCAUUAUUCUGAACACGAAGCUGCUUUGCUGGCUGAAAAAUUGAAAGAUGAUAGCAAGUUUUCCGAGGCCAUCACGGUGCUGCUCACCUGGAUUGAGCGAGGCGAGGUGAAUCGUCGCUCUGCAAACCAGUUCUAUUCCAUGGUGCAGUCAGCCAACAGCCACGUCCGCCGGCUCAUGAACGAGAAGGCGGCUCACGAGCAAGAAAUGGAGCAAGCCAAGGAGAGUUUCAAAAAUGCCUUAACAGGGAUCCUCACUCAAUUUGAGCAGAUUGUCGCCGUUUUCAACGCUUCUACCAGACAAAAAGCUUGGGACCAUUUCUCGAAAGCCCAGCGAAAGAACAUAGACAUUUGGCGAAAGCAUUCUGAGGAGCUCCGAAAUGCUCACAGUGAACAGCUCAUGGGAAUCCGCCGGGAAGAGGAGAUGGAAAUGUCUGAUGAUGACAGUGGUGACAAUCCCAGUAAAAAGCUGAGAGUAGAUGAUUCAGCUCUAGCCGCCCAAGCAUAUGCGCUAAAGGAAGAGAACGAUAGUCUCCGGUGGCAGCUGGAUGCUUACAGGAAUGAAGUGGAGCUCCUGAAGCAGGAGAAAGGACAGCUCUUUCGAACAGAGGAGAGCCUUACGAAGGACCAGCAGCUGCAGUUCCUACAGCAGACAAUGCAAGGCAUGCAGCAGCAAUUGCUGAGCAUCCAGGAAGAAUUAAAUAACAAAAAAUCUGAACUGGAGCAAGCAAAGGAAGAGCAAACGCAUACACAAGCAAUGCUUAAAGUCCUGCAGGAACAGUUAAAAAGCGCCAAGGAAUUAGCAGAAAUCAAUGGGCAUGAUGAAUCUCAAGCAAAUGAAAUCAAUGUAUUGACAGUAGCACUGGUCAACCAGGACAGAGAAAAAAACUCAGAGAAACGAAGCCCAGGUCUAAAAUCAGAGAAGGAGGCACUAUUAAUAGGUAUCAUAUCCACAUUUCUUCACGUCCACCCUUUUGGAGCCAAUAUAGAGUAUCUUUGGUCUUAUAUGCAGCAGUUGGACUCUAGGAUCUCUGCAAAUGAGAUAGAAAUGCUUUUGAUGAGACUGCCACGCAUGUUUAAACAAGAAUUCACUGGUGUAGGAGCAACACUGGAAAAGAGGUGGAAGUUUUGUGCCUUUGAAGGAAUUAAAACUAUCUGACUGUGA